AGCACAAGACUCCAUUCAGCUCAUCCAGGAAACAUGCUGCUGCAGAAACUGUUUGUGUGGAUCCUGUCGGUCCUGUGUGGCUCUGACUUGUGCUGGGGUUUCGUUUACGGGCGUCUGAGACGCUCAGAAGAAGACGGGCCCUCGGCCAGGACAGAAUAUCGCUCUGCGUCUCAGUACCUGCCAACGUCGGGCUCCUGCAGGAACAGGUGCUUUGAGCUGACCGAGAUGGAGCCGUCAAACUGCCGCUGUGAUAACUUGUGCAAGACCUACAAUGGCUGCUGCUCGGACUUCGACCAGCUCUGCCUUCAGACAGAUGGAGGAUAUGAAUGCAGCAGAGAGCGGUGUGGAGAAGCCAGAAACGACCAGCAUGCCUGCCACUGCUCCGAAGACUGUCUGAUCAGAGGAGACUGCUGCACCAACUACAAAAAGAUGUGUAAAGGAGACACUUCCUGGCUGCAGGAUGAAUGUGAGGAGAUCAGAGCUGCUGAAUGUCCUGCUGGGUUUGUGCGUCCGCCGCUCAUCAUAUUGUCAGUGGAUGGAUUUAGGGCAUCUUAUGUGAAGAGAGGGAAAAACAUCAUGCCCAACAUCGAGAAACUUAGAACAUGUGGAACCCAUGCUCCCUACAUGAGGCCUGUUUACCCUUCUAAAACGUUCCCAAACCUCUACUCACUGGCUACGGGACUCUACCCAGAAUCUCAUGGCAUCGUUGGAAACUCCAUGUACGACCCGGUGUUUGACGCAACCUUCAACCUGAGGAGCCGAGAGAAGCUGAACCACCGCUGGUGGGGAGGACAACCAAUCUGGAUAACGGCGUUCAAACAAGGAGUGAAGGCUGCCAGUUUUUUCUGGCCCAUGGCCAUCCCGGUAGAGAGGAGGAUACUGACCAUGCUGCAGUGGCUUCACCUUCCCGAAGCAGAGAGGCCUUAUGUGUACGCCAUGCACUGUGGACAACCAGACACGUAUGGACACAAGAUGGGGCCCAUGAAUACAGAACUCAACAGUUCUCUGAAGGUGGUAGACAGGAUUGUUGGUCAGUUGAUGGAUGGACUUAAGCAGAUGAAACUGCAUCGAUGCGUCAACAUCAUCCUGGUGGGGGAUCAUGGUAUGGAAGAAGCCCACUGUGAUCGGACAGAGUAUCUCAGUAACUACAUGAGCAGUGUUGAUGACAUUAUCCUCGUCCCUGGAUCCCUCGGCAGAAUACGCUCCAGAUACCCCAACAGCCCAAAAUAUGACCCUAAGACUGUUGUUGCAAAUCUGACAUGUAAGAAACCAGAGCAGCACUUUAAGCCGUACUUGAAACAACACCUGCCCAAGAGACUGCACUACGCCAACAAUCGGCGUAUUGAAGCCAUUCACCUGCUGGUGGAGAGGAAGUGGCACGUAGCCAGGAAAGUCCCCGAAGGGAGGAGACAUUGUGGCUUUUUGGGAGACCACGGCUAUGACAACAAGAUAAACAGUAUGCAGACUAUUUUCUUGGGCUAUGGACCUACAUUUAAAUUCAAGACAAAAGUUCCAGCCUUUGAAAACAUUGAGCUUUAUAAUGUCAUGUGUGAUCUUCUGGGUCUGAAACCGGCCCCGAACAACGGCACCCAUGGCAGCCUGAACCACCUGCUGAACCCCGCUCCCUUCAGACCCGCCAUGCCGGAGGAGGUUUCCAGGCCCACAGCCUCCAGUCUCGUUCCCAUGGUAACGGAUGACCUGGGCUGCAGCUGCGAUGAAAAGAACAAAGUGGAGGAGCUAAAUCAACGAUUGAGGCAAGCUAUCGAUGACAGCAGAAACCUGCCGUACGGUCGCCCUGCUGUUCUCUUCCGCACCAAAUACUCCGUACUCCGUCAUGGCGACUACAUCAGCGGCUACAGUGAAACUCUCUCCAUGCCGCUCUGGACGUCGUUCACCGUCAGCAGACAGGUUGAGGUGUCUCCUCUGCCUGAAACUCUGUCCAGCUGUGUGAGACCAGACGCCAGAGUUGUUCCAGCCUCCAGCCAGUCGUGCACUAACUACAGAACAGACAGACACAUCACGCACGCCUUCCUGUACCCACCACAGUUGUCAUCAAACUUGGACAAAAAGCAUGAUGCCUUCCUCAUCACAAACACCGUGCCCAUGUACCCCACAUUCAAAAGGAUAUGGGGUUACUUUCAGAGAGCACUGGUGAAGAAAUAUGCCAUCGAGAGAAACGGCGUGAACCUUCUCGUUGGACCCAUCUUUGACUACGACUACGAUGGAAUCCGAGACUCGGCUGAGAAGAUAAAAGAAUACACCAGCAGGACGGUCCACAUACCCACCCACUACUUUGUGGUCCUCACCAGCUGCUUAGACUUCACACAGACGGCAGAUUCCUGUAACGGUCCGCUGAGCAGCGCCGCUUUCAUCCUGCCACAUAGACCCAACAACGAGGAGACCUGCAAUAGCUCAGAGGACGAGUCUCGCUGGGUGGAGGACUUGAUGAAGAUGCACACGGCUCGGGUCCGGGACGUGGAGAUCCUCACAGGACUGGACUUGUACCGCAGAACCACCCGGAGCUACACGGAAAUCCUGUCUCUCAAGACCUACAUGCAGACGUACGAGAGCGAGAUCUGACCUCUGCUGGCUCUCUGGACUUCAGUAUGGCUCAUCUGUGGUGAAUGUACGUGGUACGAGGUGGAGAUUCAGUCAUCGCCAUGUCAUCGGCCUAUUUCAGGUGGAACCACCUCAGUGUGGGUGAAUGGAUGUCAUAUUUUGCACAUGAAUGUACAGAAAGAAUUGUACAAAAACCCCCUUCCCUUCAUGUGCAUUGUGCCCAUGCAGUUCAUCAGCUGGACUCACCCCGAGAGCAUCCAGCUCGCUGGAGAACUACAGCGCCGUGCUUUCUCCUCAUCUCAUAACCGGUUUAAACAGCAAAAGGCAGUUUUUUUUAGGAAGUAAACAAUAUAAUUAAAUACAUUUGAGUUUAGUGCACAUUCUCAAGGAAAAACUUCUGACACAUGGUGAACCUGUGGCUUUUUACAAUGAUAUUUUAUAUAAUAUAUAAUCCAUAAAUGUGCGUAAUAAUAAAGGACUACAGAUUUACUAAUGUUAUUUUAUACUUUCAAAAUGUGCAUCUUACAUAAAACAUCUAAUUA